GCAUGGGGACGGUCCUGUCCCUGUCGCCCUCGUCCUCGUCGUCGUCCUCCUCCUCGGCCCGGGGCCGCCGGGCCCCGGACGAGCAGCAGCAGCAGCAGAAGAAGGGGGCCGGGGCCGGGGCCGGGGCCGGGGCCGGGGCCGGGCCCGGGGGGCCGGACGGGGGCUAUGCGGCCCCGCCGGCGGGGAAGGCGGGGAAGGGGGAGAGCCGGCUGAAGAGGCCGUCCGUCCUGCUGUCCGCCCUCACCUGGAAGCGCCUCGUGGCCGCUUCGGCCAAGAAGAAGAAAAAGGGCGGCAAAAAGGCGACGCCCAAGCCCGCCUCCUCCGGGCCGGACUCCCUGGUGCAGCAGCGCAACCGGGAGAACCUCCGCAAGGGCCGGGAGCCGAGGGGGGGGGCCAAGCCCCUGGCGGUGCCCGUGCCCACCGUGCCCCCCGCCGACCCCCCUCCUCCCCCUCCUCCCCCUCCCCCCUCCUCCUCCCCCCCCUCCCCCCCUCCUCCCCCCCCUCCCCCGGCUCCCCCGGCCUCCCCGGGCUCCGGGGGUCGGGAGGGGGGCCCGGGGAAGCCGGCCCCGGGGGGCUCCCCGCGCCGGGUGGUGGUGCAGGCCUCCACGGGCGAGCUGCUGCGCUGCCUGGGCGACUUCGUCUGCCGCCGCUGCUACCGGCUGAAGGAGCUGAGCCCGGGCGAGCUGGUGGGCUGGUUCCGGGCCGUGGACCGGGCCCUGCUGCUGCAGGGCUGGCAGGACCAGACCUUCAUCACCCCGGCCAACCUGGUGUUCGUCUACCUCCUCUGCCGGGAGGCCCUCCGCGGGGACGAGCUGGGCGCCGCCGCCGAGCUGCAGGCCUCCUUCCUCACCUGCCUCUACCUCGCCUACUCCUACAUGGGCAACGAGAUCUCCUACCCGCUCAAGCCCUUCCUCGUGGAGCCCGACAAGGAGCGCUUCUGGCAGCGGUGCCUGAGGCUCAUCCAGCGGCUCAGCCCGCAGAUGCUCCGCCUCAACGCCGACCCCCACUUCUUCACCCAGGUCUUCCAGGAGCUCAAGGGCGAGGGCGAGGCGGGCGCCGGGCUCGGGGGGCCGGGGCCGGGCCGGGGGGCCGGGGCCAAGCACUGGACUAUCAGCCUGGAUCGCUAGGGGGCGCCCGACCCCGGACCCCGCCCGCUGGGGGGCGCUGCGGCCGCCCGGAGCGCUAGGGGGCGCCUGCUC